CAGACACUUUGAUACUGGAGUCAGUGGCUGUGGAUCAGCUCAUCUGCUCUGGAAGGGAACUCUAGACUUGCUGCUCCAGGAUCUCGCAUGACAGUCUGGGUCACUGCUGGAAUAUUGAUGCCACCUAUCUGCUUUCCAUGUUCUUUGCUCCCUGCUCCAUAACACCUUGGCAUUUUAUCUAACACAGCAUCCACCCUACAGACUUUGGAUUAAGGAGUCCUCUUUUCUUUUGGGGAGGGGUAUCCCCUGCUUGAAGGGUGCCAGCCUCCCUCCCAUUCACUGCCUGCGCAGACCUGACAGCUGCUAUAUACAUGUUCCACACACUGUACCGUGGACUACAGGAUGAAUUUUGGGGGUUUGCUAAUGUCUGUGUGGUUCCUGCAGGCAAUUCGUGCUGAGGGGGACCCCAUUCCAGAGGAGAUGUACAAGAAACUCACAGCAGGAUCUGUGAAGUCUGUGGCAGAUAUACGAAGGUUGCUGCAGAUAGAUUCCGUAGAUGAAGAGGAGAAUGUGUACGAAUCAGCUAAAAAUGGAACACGAAGGCCACUUGGUGGCAAUUCCAGCCACUCCCGGGUCAUACGCAGCAUAGAUGCUGAAGUAGCGAUGAUUGCACAGUGCAAAACAAGAACCGAGGUGUUUGAAAUCACCCGCCAGCUGGUGGAUCCAACCAAUGCUAACUUCCUAGUUCAGCCGCCAUGCGUAGAGGUGCAGAGGUGCUCUGGGUGUUGCUACUCGCCGAGCAUAAAAUGUGUUCCAGUUCGCACUCGCAUUCGCUACGUCCAGGUGAAGAAAAUUGUGAUACAGCGAUCUAAGAAGACAACUAUACUUGUCCCUAUUCCUCUAGAAGACCAUGUGGAAUGCAGCUGUCAGUCUGUCAGUCCCCUGUCUGUAAGAAGUCAGCACCAUCACCAUGAACACAGGAGGGUUGCAGAUGUAACUGUAACUACGCCACCUCCACCCCCUGUCACUCGGAAAGAGGAGCCUCUACCCCGGCAUUUAAAGAGGAAAAAUAGAAAGUUCAAACAUCUUCCCAGCAAGAAGGAGCAGAGAGAUCUCCUGGCCACGUAGUGUAUGUGGAAAUGGUUCUCGAUAUCUGCCACUGAGCAGGAUACACAGAGAAAGAAGUUUGACCCCUAUGGGGUCCUUGGACUCAUUCUGACCGCAUGCUUCAAUUGCCGGACUUGGCGCUGGUGCUUUAUAGAGACAAUAAAAAACUGUACCCCAUCUCUACCUGCUACCCCUCACUGGAUAUCACCUAACAGACACUGAAAUCUGCUUCCUUGGCUGCAACAAGUUUAAAACCACUAACUACCGAAUUUUGUCCAAAUAUUAAGUGUUGGUUUUCAGGGGUAGAGGGAAAGGUAGGGGAAAUACAAAGCCCCUCUUGAACUCACUGGAUGUAUUUUGUCACCUUAUUUAAUGUAGUUUAUUUUGUAUUUUUAUAAAUAUAUAUAAAUAUAUUCCUAUUUUUGUACAAAGCUGUUUCCUUUGCUCAGAUUGCACGAGGCAGGACAGAGACUGGAAAAUGGAAAUGGGAUUGCAUUCUUAGUAUUACCCCCCCCCCCCCCCCCCCUCCAGUUGCUAUGUACUUUUACAAUGUCGUAUACACUGAGAAGGAAGAUCACAGGCCAUAUAUACUAAGCUUGCUUCUGUUCUAAGCUGAUGGACUGUGCCAUGGGGAGAAAAUGUGUGGUUAACCAACUGUUUGUCAGACCACAACUUCCAGCACAACAGAAGUUGCAGUUCAACAACAGAUGGAGAAUCACAUGUUACCUAAUGUUGUCUGAAAUAUGCAGUGUUCUUACCAUUUAGGAUGGCAAACAUUGGAUACAUUGAGGCCAUCCUUGAACUUGCUUAACCCUUCUCUCCCUUAUUGUCCUCCAAUAGUCAUCAAUGAGCUGUUUCACUGUUUCCCAUUUCUCUAAAUUAUUUGCACACAGCUCUGCCUGUCAAUAAAAGAAAAACCCUAAAAAAUAUUGGUCUAUUAUGUAAAGUAAUUUAUAUGCAGUAUUUAAAUUGUACAAAGAAAAAAAACAACCAAAUCUUCAAUUUGUAUUAAAACCCAAAAAAACUA